AUGAAGUUCGCUGCUAUCUGCCUCUCGGUCAUUUCCGUCGUCGCGGCGGCAGCUGUCGCCCCAGUCAUCGAGGCGCGCCAGAGCAUCGAGACCGUCACCGACGAGAUCUUGUUCAGCAUCACGCUUCCAGCCUUCACAGCCCGUCGAAAUGCGCUUGACCCCAACACCGUCGACUGGACCUCUGACGGAUGCACCUCGUCUCCUGACAACCCGUUCGGAUUCCCUUUCACUCCUGCGUGCAAUCGACAUGAUUUUGGCUACAACAACUAUCGUGCCCAAACUCGCCUCACCGUGAGCACCAAGAAGAAGAUCGACGACAACUUCAAGAAAGACCUCUACUACCAAUGCAGCAGCGUCUCCUUGCGCUGGCUAUGCGAGGCCCUUGCUGAUGUCUACUACGCUUUCGUCCGAGUCUUCGCUGGAGGCGGUGAUGUCGCCCCCGGAAAGCGAGAUGAUGAGCUCGUCCAAAUCUAUGAGGAGAAGCUGGCCCUCUAUAACCAGCUCCUUGAGGAGGCCAGGGCAAAUGGGAUAAUUGAAGGAUAG